AUGUACCCCUUGACCGACCAGGUCCGCAUCGCGACUCAAUUCUCAGAGAACAUGGCGGCCAAGCUCACCGGUCGGCAACCAACUGUGUUCGAAGGCUCCCCGAUGACCUUUGCCGAAUUCAAUGAGCGGAUCGAGACAGUCCGCAGAAUCCUCAAGGAGGCUGAUAAGGACGUCGUCAAUGAAAACUGCGACAAAGUUGCUCCCACUCCUAUUCCCCCUGCGAGUUCGAUUGAUAUGAGCCCUGCUACCUACGCCCAUCGCAUUGCUCUGCCGAAUAUCUAUUUCCACCUUUCUACUGCUUAUGGGAUCCUGCGGAAGGCGGGUGUUCCUCUUGGCAAGCGCGACUACUUUACUGGCUUUUACCAGCCCAAGAUGGCUGGAGGCAACUAG